AUGGGGAAAGCAACCCCUGGGCUGUUGGCCGUCUUUGGCAGAUGCCAUUGGCGGAUGCAGUUGCGCAGCAAAGGAAAAAGGAUGUCCAUUGCCAUUGCCCAUAACCUUGAGAAGAUAAUGUAUUUCAAGAAUCGUGUCGAUGCAGAUGCCUUGAAUCAAUCUCCAUUCCUGAGUCUUUGGUUCCAAUUCUCAAUUCCUCACGUCUUGGUGUCUAGCCCGUUUGUAGUCUGCAGUGCCGUGCGCAUGGCGGAUGAAGACAACAGAUCAGAGAUGAACGGUGGCCCAGAGUCAUUGCUUGGAGGAGCAGACGCGGUGAAAAUUGUGUUCCACCUGUCGAAGGUCUGCCUAUGUUGUUUGUGUGCGGCAAAGAGCACAGAUGCCAGUCCGCUGAGCACUGCUUCAUCCUUGGACCGGUGGUCAGGCAAUCGCCCUUGGGGCAAGACAAGGACGGUCUUUGACCAGGUGUCUGGCAAGUCUGUUAAAGCUUACGUGGAUUCUCAUCGACCUCUGAUGAUCCUUUUUGAAAAUGUGGACACGAUGGACGAGCCUGGUGGCAAGGAAGGCGGCGGCAGCGCGCUGGACUUAUUCUUGGCUGAGAUGUCUGACCGAGGCUACGAGGGCCAAGCUGUGAUGACGGACGCCCUUGAGUUUGGACUUCCUGCCCACCGAAGAAGAUUGUAUGUUUGGUUGAUCCGGGCCCACGGCAACCCGCUUAUCGAUUUGGAUUCCGAGAGGCCUUUGAGCCGGGUCUUUAAAACCUUUCGGGAUCUGAGCUCUCUAUGCCUGAGAGAUGCACCGUGCGUGAAAGAUGUUCUCUACAAAGGAUUCAGCAAAGCGGUUGCCAUGGAUCUGGCUACUCGAAGGGAAAAACGAGAGAAGCAAACAGAAAAAGAGAAGGCAAAGAUGGAGAAGAGCGGUGGUGAGCCAAAAGGGGACCAGUGGGUCGAAUCGCACAUGCAAUUUGCCCAGUCCCACGAGUUGCGAUGGGGUACCCCGGUCCCCCAGAGUUUGUCAGACAAUCCAUGGUACCAGCUCUUGACUUCCAGGGAGAAAGACCUUCUGUGGCUUUGCCAGCAGCAAAUCCCUGAUUAUUUGUUCCGUGACAUUUCCCAAUCAGUUGCUCGAGGCAAUGGUGCCAACAGUCUGCGCACAUGUAAAGACAAACCUUGGCUUACUGGCAGACAUGCAGCCCCAACACUUUUGCCCAAGCAAUGCCUUUGGAUUGAAGAUGGCCAAGAUUCCCGCAUUAUGUUGGGCCAAGAGUCUCUAAUGCUGCAAGGCUUUCCAAUCUUGCAAUUCCUGAAGACCCUGCGGAAGCACAACAAGUUGGCUUUGAGCCGGGGCCAAGAGGUGUGGAAACCAGAUCAAGCCUUAAUGCAAGAUUUGGCUGGCAACGCCAUGGCUUUUCCAGUUCCUUUGGCGCUGCUGCAGGCCGCGCUGUGCGCUGUCAACUGGAGGGAUCAUGCGCGCGGAGCACAAGAGACCCCUUUGGCAGAGAGCCAGGAUGUUGAUGCUGCCUUGGCGGCCGUGUCAGCGCUGACAGAGACCAUUGUUGAUGAGCCCCGCCCGGCGUCUGGUGCUGUGUCAUCGAGCCUUCAACAGAGACUCGCGCGGCGAUUAGCGAGGAGGAACUUGGCCUUUGGCCGGGGCAAGCAAAAAAACCGCUCUGCGAUUGACCGCGCGCUUCCCUACGUGGAAGCCUGCCGCAGGCUUCUAGUCGAACUGAAGCUUGCCACACUCACAGAGGCGGGCCAACACUUCUGCCUCGUUUUCGAAAACGUGCCUCUGUUGGUACAGACGCAUGCAGGGGCCGUUGCGCCAGUCGCACCCGUACGCGAAGAGGAAGCCCAGGAGAAGGACCGGCGCCGCAUUGAGCGCGCCUUGGCCAAGGCGGCGGCCGAGAAGAAGCUGCCACACGCGGAGGCGCCCGCGGAGGCGCCCGCGGAGGCGCCCGCGGAGGCGCUCGAGACGCCUGUGGAGCCCAUUGAGACGGCGGCGGAGAUCCAGGAGCAGGGGGAAGAAGCAACCCCAAAAGACGAGCAGGUGCCCAGGACGGCCCUGCCCCAAAUCCUGGAGCAAAUGACUGGGCUGAAGGUGUUGGAAGCCUUAGCCGCAACAGGCAUUCGGACCAUCAGAUACGCGAAGGAAUUGCCGGUGGGUCCUGGUGGUGUGAAGCGAAUCGUGGCAAAUGAUCUGGACGAAAAUGCCGUGGCGCAUAUGAAGCGAAACUUUGCUCACAAUGAUUUGAGCGGGGAGCGCGUUGAGGCGAUCAAUUCUUGCGCCAACGCUCACAUGUACUCCAGACGCGCCAAGGGCCAUGGCGGCUUGGGGCAACUGGCGUAUGAUGUCAUCGAUCUGGACCCCUACGGCUCGGUCUCGCCCUUUGUGGAUGCAGCGGUACAGGCAGUAUCAGAUGGGGGACUUCUGUGUAUUACCUCCACGGACAUGCCAGUGCUUGGUGGGAACCACCCCGAGACUUGCUUCGCAAGGUAUGGUGGAUCUGCAUUGAAAGCCGGUUAUGUGCAUGAAAUGGCUCUGCGUUUGGUCUUACACUCAUUCGCCAGUGCCGCUGCAAGAUGUGGACGGGAGGUGAUACCUUUGCUGUGUGCUUCGAUUGAUUUUUACGUGAGACUUUUCGUGCGUGUCUAUGACUCGCCACAGCGGGCAAAGAGACACGCGUCAAAGACAGCGAUUGUGCACCAGUGCGUGCAAUGCGAUAGUUUCUUUACGCAAAAGUUCGGUGAGAUAGAAGAGGGCAAGGAGAAGUUCCGUGUGGCCAAAGUCACCUGCCCAGGUAGCGAGUGUCCGGAGUGUGGAGGCCGUUUGAAAGUCGGAGGCCCAUUUCAUUCUGGUCCCCUGUACGACACAGACUUCGUUCAGCGAUGCCUCCAGGUGUGUACGCCGGAGAACAUGUCGACGCUUCCGGGAGUAACGAGCUGGAAGAAGAUCACAGGACUCUUAACGGCCAUGAAAGAAGAGAAUGACGACGCCUGGAUGCUCGCGAUGGCAAUGGAUGCUGGCUGCUGGCAUUUGGGGUAA